AUGACAGACCCAUCCAAACUCCAAGUCCCAGGACCGUGCACCGAGAAAGAUAGCAACAAUUCCAUAGCCCCUCUCGUAAACGUAACAAGCGCAUCCACAACAUCCACAUCCACAUCCACAUCAAAACCCCCUCCAUCAACACCAGAACGUCCCUCCUCCUCACAUUCCUGGCGUUCAAAACUGCACAUUCAUUCUGGUACCCGCCGUUCCAAAUCCGUUGAACCAGGGAAGGAACGCUGGCGGGAUGCGACGCUGCCUGAGAAGGAGCGAUGGAAGGACUGGCAGAAGGCUAAGGAUAAGGAGCAGUUGCAGGGGAGUAUCAGAGGGUACAUGGACUGGUAUAUAGAGGGACUGCGAAGGCAUGAGGAAGAGAAAUAG